AUGUUGUUCACAAAGGCUACCUUGGGUGACUUGAAUCCACAGUGUCUAGGGCCGCCAAAAAGGGACGUUCAAGGUGCAGGCUCGUUGGGAGCUCAAACGGGAUGGGGUCAAUGGGGGAUGGGGUCGAUGGGGUCGAGAGCUCGCAUGCUUGUAGGUAUCCGAGCUGUCAACAUGAAUCACCUAGGCAGGGCUAUACAUGGUGCUGGACCACUCUCUCUACACCCCCUCUGGUCAACGUCCAACGAGAGCGGAUGGAUGGCGUUCUCUUCGUCUGCGUGGGCGGGAUUCCUCUCAGAAUACAAAGUUUUAGUUGACAAGCUUGUUGCGAAACCAUGCCAGCUGACAGCACACGAGCUGCGUGAACCUGGUUCUAAGCACCACCUAGAAGGGUGCUGGACUGCCUGUUGUAACCCACCUGGGCAGCGUCAUUCCUGGCGGGCUUGGCGUCACGUGGGGUGA